CUUCAUGCUCACAAAUGCGUUCGUUAAUUAGUCGCUGAAGUCUUGAAUAUGCAUUCGGCGUAGUAAAGUGUCGUUCGUCAUCGAUGGUGCUUGGUGAAAGCUGCGUGAUAUCCGCGCGCUGGACAUUAGACAGCAAUACGUAGGAUUUUCCAGCCUGAUGACCCACAAAGGCUGGCGUGUGGAGAUAGCCCUGGUGCUUCUAUUGGCUCUGGCUUUUGCUCCCCACAAGUCUUUAGCGUCGGGGCAUCGGGGAGCCCUGGAAGCUGAUGUCUCGGAGCUAGGAGUGCAGCCGCCACAAAGCAUUACGAAGUUGCUGCCAGCCGGCUCGGCGCGUCCCUUUCUGGCCCUAAAGGACCCGGCCAAUGCCGCCAGCCAGGAUGUGCAGCAGCUCUACGUGCAGGGCGCCAGCGCAGCCGCGAUAGCGUACCUGCUGUUCGCGGCAGCGGAGCCGCUGUCGGAGGCUGAGGGUUCUUCCCCCGUCCUGCUGCCGUACCUUUCGCCCACCACCCUCCGCCUCUACGCAUCCCGCCCGGAGCGGUGCGGCUCGGAUGUCGUACGGGGUAUGUACGAACUAUCCAACUCGCUGUACGGCAGCUCAUCCCUUCAGGCCUGCCACUUCGCGCUCUACCGCGCCCUCCAACUUACCUUCGCCUGGGUGCGCGACAACAUCCCCCUUGCGCCGCAGCAGCCCCUGCUGCCGCACUCAGACCCAAACCCCACCUCGUCACCGCCCCCACCCUCCUCCUCAGCAGCAGCAGCAGCAGCGGCAGCAGCAGCAGCAACCGCGCUGUUCCCCUCCCUUUCCGAGCCCGACUUCACCUCCGCCCUCUCCGCCGCCCUGGCCGACCCGCAGCAGCUGGGG